UCGCACCAAUGCCUGGUGCGCCCUGCCCAGCACGCCCUUUACGCAUGCUGCCUGCGCUCUCUCGCUCUGUCGCACUCGCACACACAGCCACACGGCACUGUGUCUCUGCUGGCAGCGAACGCACUGGGUGUCCCCAUCCGUCAGACGGCCAUUGAAAUUUUCCUUCGCUGGUGCGCGCUGCUGUCGUGUGGUCAGUGUGUGGAGUCUCCGAAACAGAGUGUGUGCGUGUUUUUUUUCCCUUCUUCUGCCCCGUGCGUGACGACGACGACGACGGUGCGUUGCGGUACUGUGCUGGGCCGGGCGUGGAAGAGGUAUCAGCCAAAUCGGCCAGGAAAAGAAAACAGACGCAACACACGCACGCACACAUACGCGGUCUCGGGUGAGCCUGAUUUGGGAUAAUUGAAUCCACCUCCAGGGCGGACAGAGUCUCCAAAGCAAAAAAAAGGGCAGCACAACCCAAGAAAGCAACGGUGCUGCCCAUUUUGCUUCAACUCUAAAUUGUGCGUUUGUGUCUGUGUGUGUGUGUGUCUGUGCGCCAGAGAUAGAAGUGGUGAGCAAAGGGAAAAUAAGAAACAUUGUGUGUGUAUGUGUGUGUGUGUGUGUGUGUGGGUAGAUAACAAUCAGUCGGGUCGUGCCGAUCCACACCGGACCAGCAACGGUGGGGUGCAACGUCCAUCCACCGUCAUCCAUCAGCAGCAGCAGCAAGAUUAUCCCCGGGAACGGGCGGCAGGCGGCGAUUCGGACGAAACAUCCCUCCCACCGUGUGCCGAAGCAGCAGUAGCAGCGACAGACCAGAACAGCGGACGAGUGUAUGUGUGUGUGUGUGUGUGAUAAAAGAUAGAAAAAGCGCGUAAGGGCGCACAUCGUGCAAGUGCAAGAAACCCGUGUAUUUGCGCGUGUGAAAGAGAGAGAGAGAGAGAAAGAGAGAGAAAGAGAGAGGCCCACACAUACUCUAGGAGAGGGACGGAACUUUGCCUCAGCUAUCAGUAUUUCGAUACGGGUCCGCCUCUUUUGGGGGGUCGGAUUUGCGUCCACACAGCAGCACAGCUUUGCUGUUUGUUUUCUUUUUUUUUGUUAACUUGACCAGAGGCAACAGUUUUGGCGACCAUCAACACUCUGCAAACACACAGACACACACACGCGUUUAAUCCAGGAGGUGGUCUGGCCCUCACCCGCCGCUUGCAUGACGCGAACGUUCCAGUAAGUCCCUCCUUGCCCGGGGACCCGCAACAAUCAAUCGAACCAAUUGCCAAAAAUAACCAACAACGGAAACCAACCCCCGUUCGAGGUACGACAAACGCCGCUCCUUAUCAAUCAACCCAUUGUCGCUGCGAAGGGAGAGCAGCGGACGAAGGAGCCGCUCCAGGCGGGCGCGUAGUGUGUUGCGAAAAUGCCGAAAUGUGACGUGAAGACGAGAUACAUCCCUGCCACCUUCGCCUGGACCCUGCUGCUCAGCACCACCUUCCUGUUUUUCUGGUACCCAUGCCGCCAGUUCUACAUCCACCGGCAUCCGUGGGUGCCGGCCUACCAGGCCGUCAUCACCUUCUUCGUGAUCGCCAACUUUACGCUGGCAACGUUUAUGGACCCGGGCGUGAUACCGAAGGCACCACCAGACGAAGACCGGGAGGAUGAGUUUCGGGCGCCGCUGUACAAGAAUGCCGAAAUCAAUGGCAUUACCGUGCGGAUGAAAUGGUGCGUCACGUGUAAAUUCUACCGGCCGCCACGCUGCUCCCACUGCUCCGUGUGCAACCACUGCAUCGAGACGUUUGACCAUCACUGCCCGUGGGUGAACAACUGUAUCGGCCGGCGGAACUAUCGGUUCUUUUUCUUCUUCCUCAUCUCGCUGUCGGUGCACAUGCUGAGCAUCUUCUCGCUGUCGCUCGUGUACGUGCUGCAGAAGGAGAAGGACAAGCUGACGGAGGUGGAACCGAUCGUGGCCAUGAUACUGAUGGCCAUCGUAACGCUGCUCGCCAUACCGAUCUUCGGCCUGACCGGCUUCCACAUGGUGCUGGUGUCGCGCGGUCGCACCACGAACGAGCAGGUGACCGGCAAGUUCAAGGGCGGCUACAAUCCGUUCUCGCGCGGCUGCUGGAACAACUGCUGCUACACCCAGUGCGGCCCACAGUACCCGAGUUUGCUCAAGCCGCAAAAGUAUGUGGCCCGCCGCUCGAACAAGGAAAACCAAUCGAUCAGCACCAUCACCAACGACGGUGGUCCCGGUGGUGGUGGUGGUGAUGCUGCCGGCUCGGGCCGCCGGCACAUGCCGACCGGUGGACCCGGCUCCCAGCAGCAGCAGCAGCAGCAGCAGCAGCAACAGCAGGCACUGAAUCAGGGCGGUGGCAUCUACGAUAAUAACCGGCACACGCAGGUAAAAACCUAUAUGGAUCAUGGAAAUGGUCACGGUAUACGUACAGUUGGAUCCAGUCAUUACAGUAAGUCUGCGGCGGAUUACGUGCAUCUCGUAUCAUCCCAUUCCGUCUCGCUAAAGGCACUCACGCAGGGCACCAGUGCGGAUGAGCUGUCACCGGGUCGCGAGUGCUCCGACAUCGACAUGGAACCGCAGGCCUCCCAGAGCCGGGACUGCGAACCGACGCCGCCGCUGCAGCGCCACGGCUCCAAGAGCAACUUCUUCCUGCCACCGCUCGACGGUCCCGGCGGCAUGGUGUCCCAGGUGGGUAGCGGGGGCGACUCGCCGCGCCAGCAGCAGCAGCAGCAGCAGCAGCAUAUGCGCAUGUACCAUCCGCGGCAUAGUCCGCAUCCGCGGCAGCGCGGGCUCGAUCCGUCGCGCAGCUUCACGCCCGAAGGACUGUCGCCCGACCAUCCCGGUGGACCCGGCGGUCCACCGCCGAUGAUUACGAUACAGUCCCAGCAGCAGCAGCAGCAACAGCAGCCACGUGGAGGAGGUCCUCCAUCGUCGGCUACUCCGACCAUGCAGCAACGCAUCAAGGCGCUCGGUGUCGCCACACCCCUAGCCAUGUCCAGUCCCGUGCGAAGAUCGAACCCGGGCACACCGACGCAACCGAGAAGGCCCGACUUUAUCAGCGUUGGCCAGCAGCAGCAGCAGCAGCAACAGCUCGGUGGGAGCGGCACCAUGACCGGCAACUACUACGACUUUCCGCUCCAGCCCCAGCAGCAGCAGCAGCAGCAGCAGCAACUUCCACCACAGUCGAUGGCACUGCACCAGACAACAGGUCUUCCCCCCCAGCAUCCAUACCAUCAGCAGCAGCAGCAGCAGUACCCGAUGGCAGUGCACCAUAAUGGCGGACUAGCCGGCCCGGGAGGCCAACCGUCCCAGCAGCAGCUGCAGCAGCAGCAGCAGGCGCUCAGGGGCAGCAAUGCCGGACCGUCGGUCGUGUACCAUCACGGCAGCCCGCAGCGCCGGUACCUGUCCGAGGGCGAGCUCGUCCGGCAGGGGGCGGAGCUGUCGUACGCCCGCAACAACCAAACGUCGGAUAACAUCCGCGAGCUGGCCGGCAGCCCGCAGCGGGGCGUCUACCUCUGGAAGGAUACGUCGCCCGGCUUCAAUCAGCCGAACGGCGGGCCCCAGCAGCAGCAGCAGCAGCAGCAGCAGCAACAGCCGCUGCCCUCGGUCUACCAGAACACGCCCAGCCCGACGGCACCGCACCAGCAGCAGCAGCCCCUGCCCCAGUCCAUGGCCCCGUUCGGCACGGUCAGUGCCGCCCGGUACCAGCUCCAGCAGCAAAGCAGCCUAGCGAACGCCGCCGGCGGGCUCGGGGGCGGCUCCGGCGGCCUCGGCGCCUACCAUCCGGCGCUCCGGGGCGGCGUGCCCGUCUUCCCGCCCCAGCCACCGAUGCAGCAGCAGCAGCAGCAGCAACAGCCGCUUGGCCAGCAGCAGCUGAACGGGCCCGGUGCGGCCGGCGGCGCCGGUCCCCAGGCACCGUCCCCGUCGAUCAAGCGGAAAGCCACCCCGACGCGGCCGAUGUCGUUCGUGCGGGCGCUCGAAAUGACCGACUCGAUGGAGCUGGGCGGCGCACCGGCCGGGCCGGCCAACGCGAACGGUGCCAGCGCGAAUGGGCCGACCGCCAGCGUCGCUGCAGCCGCCGCCGCCGCCGCCGCCGCCAACGCCACCAACACCUCACCGCCCGACCAGCGUGCCAGCGUGUAUGACAUGAACUACGAGAUUUCAGUGUAGGCGAGCGGCACUUAACACGGCAACAUCACACAGAUGUGGAGGAAGCGCAACAAAAGCAACAACAACAAAAGAAAAAAAAACCAGUGAGAGGGGAACCACUUACUCAAAACCCUUCUUCUUGUAUCCAUCCCGGCCAAUCCCCACACCCCCGUCCCGUGAGAACGUUGUUACAUCCCUGAAGUGGUGGUGGUGGUGGGGGAGCAGUUUCUUUUUUGCUAUAAACAUGUAUUGGUGUAAUACUUUUACACCUGGCUGGUUGCACAUGUGGCGGCGUACGCGUACAUACAGCACCCGCUUUGAUUAGUUGUACUUGUAUGGAGACAGGGAUAAGGCUAAGACAGAGAGAAAGAGAGAGAGAGAUAGUGCGCAUCAGGAAAAGAGCCAGCUGGAGAAAGUUGUUGUUAUGUAGUAGUUAGGACGUCAGCGAUCGUUUUCCCUCCCGUCAGCGGCGACACACAACGAAUUCCGUCACUUCAGGGUUUAGGGCAAAAGCUCCAAUCUAUCACACACACUCACACACAUAUGGACACACACACACACACACACACACACACACACACACACACACACACACACACACACACACACACACACACACACACACACACACACACACACACACACACACACACACUGCUUUUCUUUUUAAAUUCAAUUUAUUUUGCUAUCCGUUGUUUUAAUAUGUAUUUUGUUCACUAGUCACAUACCAUUUGGCUCCCAGUACUAGAUUUGACUCCAAGCUGCUCUAGUCCUUUUUCCCCCCCUCUUUCUGUACGAUUCCUUGUCUGAUCUGAUCAGGCGCAUCAGCCCUUUUGCUGCGUGUUGCAACACCGGAAGCCCGAAUUCCGAAAUCCGUUUGCCCGAGGACGUUGCUCACUGUUGGUAGAAUGGCGGAAGCAUUUUCCGUAAACGCCGUCCGUGUGUUGGGAUUUUUUACUGUUUUUUCUCUCUCUCUCUCUCUCUCUCUCUCUCUCUCUCUCUCUUUAUCUCUCUCCAUCCCAUUCCCGUCGAGUCGCCCCCCCCCCCCUUUCCCGAACACAUGAUGGGGGUUUCGUGGAGAUUUAGGUUUAAGCGUGUAAAGAUACUUUUGCGUUGCGUUGUCAGGCAUAAUUACCGCAUUGCGUUCCUGAAGCGGAAGGUAUGCACCGUUACAACUUGAUCGUGUAAAGUGUGUGUAUGUAGUACCUUGCGAAUUCGAACCUGUUCGGUGUGUGCGCGCGCUCUCUCGCCCUUCGCAGCGACCGACUUGCGUGGGAAAUUGCGGGAAACACAACAUCCAGUUACGAGACACACGAUGUAAGGGAAGGAGGACCUGCGGUGUUUUCCUCCUAUUGGCAUUAUUAUUAUUAUUCAUAUUAUUAUUACUAUUAUUAGAAAGAUUUGUUUGUUUUUUUUGCUGUGGAAGAUCACACGAUCGUUCGAAGCUGCGUGUGUAUGUAUGUAUGUAUGGGUGUAUAUAUUGAUGUGUGUUAUGUAUAUGGUAAGGAAGCUGUAUGCAAAAAAAUACAGGGGGAGUUACGGUGCGGGUAUGUGUGCGAGGAAGCGAUAGAGAGAGAGAGAGAGAGAGAGAGAGAGAGUGAGCAACAUAGGACAGUUUAGGCAAGGCUCACACGGGCACAGGAGCACACGGAGCAAACCGUUCGCGGUCGUUCCCUUGUUUGUGUGCGUAAGUAGUAGUAUUAGUAGUAGUGCGAAUACAAAACACACACACAUAUACACAAAACAAUCGAAAUUUAGUUAGUUAGCUGUGUGUGUGUGUGUGUGUGUGUGUGUGGGGCUGAUUAAGGUUAUGUGGUGUAAACAAAAAAAAGCACGAGCGCAAGAACAAUUGGAAAUGUAAAUUGUGUUACUUUUAGUUUUGUUUUUGUUUUUGCUCCCCUUCCAACCACCCCCCCCCCCCUCCCCCUUCAACCACUCGAAUGUAAGUGUGUAAAUAGAAACAGUGCAGAUUGUGAGAGAGAGAGAGAGAGAGAGUGUGAGAGAGAAAGAGAAAGAGAGAGAGAAAACAAAAAGCCGGUGUCCCGGUUUACUUCAUUCAUUCUUCCCCAUUGUCACGUUCCACCAACUUCAGGGCGGGGGGGGUGGGGCCGUUUCCACGUGUCCACAACACUUUGUCCUGGCGGGCAGCCGCCCCCGCCUGCAUCUUUAAUGCGGGAGCAUAGAACAUUAAAAAAAAACGUAACGGAAGCUCAUCCAAAGGAUACAAAACAUUAAAACAAACAAAAUAGAGCGAGAGAGAGAGAGAGAGAGAGAGAGAGAGAAA